CGCGUGCAUCAAAAUGUUGGACCUUAUCGGUAACUUUGCAACCCACUACGAUGGGAAUCAAAAGAUUUGGAGUGGCUCCAGCCAGCAGAGUCUGUACAACGAUGAUUUGACAGCAGGCCAGAUCAUCUUCCGGCAGUUGCAACGCCAGCCCCAAAGGAUAUUUCAGAUAUCUCACACUGAUAAUACCCGCCUGACCCGAUCACAGAUGCUGCAAAAUGCCGCCAAGGUGGGCUGCUAUUUAAGGGAUCAGGGUUUCAAGAAGGAAACAGACAUCGUCGGACUCAUGGCCCGCAACUCCACCAAUGUGGGAGCUCUGGCCUAUGGUUGCCUCUUCAACGGCACCCCCUUCCACGCCGUCAAUCCCAAUCUAGAACAAAAAACCAUUGACAGCCUCUACAAGAUCACGAAGCCUCGUAUCCUUUGUUGCGACGUGGCAGACUAUGAAAAGAUCAAGGACAUAGCAACCAGUCUGGGUGCUCUAGUCCUCAUUGUCAAUGGAACGGUUAAUGGAGUAAUGAGCGUCGGUGAUCUCCUCCAGAAACCUCUGCCUAAGGACUACGAGCCAGCUCAGUUUCAUCGUGGUGUCGACCGCACCAUGGCCAUUCUCUGCUCCUCGGGAACGACGGGCACUCCCAAGGCGGUGACUCUCUCCAAUAGUCGAAAGUUGUUCGAAACCCACAGCUAUUUGGGUCCCGAUGACGUUCAAUACGCUCCGAGCACCCUUGAUUGGUUGACGGGACUCAUUACCCUGGUCACGGCUGGUGUCUAUGGAACAAUUCGUCUGAUAUCGAGCCAGAUGUUCAGCACUAGCCACUUCCUGGAACUGUGCGAGCAACACGAAAUCAGUUGGACUGUUAUGGCCAACUCCCAUGUGGCUAUGCUGGCGAAUUGUCCGCAAACCCGCGCCCAAAAACUGCGAAGUCUGAAGCACUUGAUCUUCGCUGGCGGUCACUGCUUAGUGGCUACCCUGAAAAAGAUGCAGUCCUUCCUGCAUGGUCCUGGAAUCCUGAGGAAUGCCUAUGGUCUUACCGAGGUGGGAGCAUUGGUGUCCUACAAUUUUGAGACUCAGCUAAAGCCAACUUCGGUGGGUCGUCUGAUGGAAAACAUUCGGGUGAGGAUCGUGGACGCGUCAGGGCAGUUGCAAGGACCCAAGGAGAUGGGAGAGGUCCAGUGCCACAAUGGUCAGACCUGGAGCGGUUACUUUGGGAAUCCCCAAGCCACCGCAGAGAUGCGGGACGCGGCUGGAUGGUACCAUACCGGCGAUAUUGGAUACUUUGACGAGGACAACUUUCUGCACAUUGUGGAGCGCAAGAAGGACAUGCUAAAGUACCUGGGCAUGAUGUACUAUCCGCACGAGGUGGAGGAAGUGAUUGCCCAGAUGCCUGAUGUGGCAGAAGUCUGUGUCUUUGGAAUCUUCAGGGAGACGGAAGGAGAUGCUGCCGCUGCGUCGGUGGUCCUUCGAUCGGGGAGCAAGCUGAAACCCAGCCAUGUGGAGGACUACGUCCGUCAGAACGUGUCGGUGGAGUUCAAGCAUCUCCAUGGAGGAGCACAGAUUGUUCCCCAGUUGGCCAAAAGUGCCAAUGGAAAGGUGAACCGACAUGCAGUCAAAGCUGCUUACUUAAAACAAAAACCUUAGUAACAAAUUAAUUAACAUAAGAGUUUGAAGCAAUUAAAAUAAAUGUGU